AUGCUCUCAAUCCUCGCACAGGGUCUCCUAGCGGCUUCAGUGGUCGCAGUAAAUAAUGGCCUCGCACGAACACCUCAGAUGGGCUGGAACAAUUGGAAUUCUUUAGGCUGUGACGUGUCGGAAGCAUUGCUUCUAGAUACGUCGAGAAAACUGGUUGACUUUGGGCUCCGAGACGUUGGGUACAACUAUGUCCUCCUUGAUGAUUGCUGGCAGGACGGCCGAGGAGAUGAUGGAUAUAUACGCGUGGACGAGCAGAAGUUCCCACACGGAUUGAAGUGGGUUGCUGGGCAACUUCAUGACCAGGGCUUAUUGUAUGGGAUGUAUUCGAGUUCCGGCGAAUUUACCUGCGCUCGGUACGAGGGAUCUUUGGACCACGAGGAGGAGGACGCGAAAAGCUUCGCUUCUUGGGAUGUGGACUAUUUGAAGUACGACAACUGUUAUCACCGGGGUCGUUUUGGCUAUCCGGAGGUCUCGUUCAAUCGGUACAAUGUCAUGGCCAAGGCGCUCAAGGCGACAAAACGGGACAUACUAUUCAGCUUGUGCACCUGGGGUGAAGAUUAUGUGCAUACCUGGGGAAUGAGCAUUGCCAAUUCUUGGCGGGUAUCUGGCGACAUCUACGACCACUUCAACCGCCCCGAUGCUCUUUGCAGCUGCACCGACGCGAAGGAUCCCUUCUGUGUGGCUCCCGGAACCCACUGCUCUGUCAUGAAUAUUAUCAACCGGGUUGCACCAUAUGUCGACAAGGGUGCACCGGGAGGUUGGAAUGAUCUGGAUAUGCUGGAAGUUGGCAUUGGCGGUAUGUCGGAUGCUGAGUACGUCGCCCAUUUCUCGAUGUGGGCUGCGAUUAAAUCACCGCUUUUGAUCGGGGCAGACUUGCGCACCCUGUCCCCAGAGGCUCUCAGUAUUCUGAACAAUCCUGCUGUCAUAGCUGUCAGCCAAGAUCCCCUGGGUAAAUCAGCUGCUCUUGUCAGUCGCAAUCUUACCGUACCGAAAGAUCAAUACGGUGAGGGCGAGACUCAGAUCUGGAGUGGGCCACUUUAUCCCAACGACCAGCUUGUCAUCUUUCUGAACGCCGCAAAUGAAGAUCUCGAGAUAAUUACAUCGCUGGAUGAGAUUUUUGUUCGCCAUGGACCUGGUGGAUCUGCACCCCACACGAAAGAGAAAUGGGACCUAUAUGAUCUAUGGGCCAAGCGCAUGGAUACGUCAGUUGCUAAGAAGGUCAUAAACUCCCCCCCUGGAACAUUGAAUGGUGUCAAAGGGUGGUACAACUCCACGGAAACGCCUUACAAAGCUGGCCUGGAGGCUGGAGAUGAGAGACUCUUGGGGACGAAGGUCGGUGUUGCUGCACCAGGAGAGAUCAAGGUCAAGGUACCUAGGCAUUCUCUCAAAAUGUAUCGGAUGCGGUCGCAGAAAGGACCUAUCAAGGGUUAUACCAUCACUCGGGACGAGCUGUAG